CUUAAAAUAUGAUCUAUAAUAACAUCGUAGUUUAUAUGAGUGAGCUUUGUGGAUGUGUGAAAUGGCGUUUUUAAAACGCAACAUGUGCGUUUUGUCAAUUCCGGUGUGGUUUUGCAAAGGCGAGUCUGACACAGUGAGAGAGGAAGAGACAGGCCUUGAUGACGGCGUCAAACUCUUUCACAUGGCGCAAAUGGAGGCUCUUUUGAUUCAUGACUUAACACAGAGCUGAUAAUACUUUAAUUAGCUGUCCGCUGUAGUGUUUACUGCUCCUGCGACUCAACAAUGGACUCGAACAUCAUGGAGAUAAUAGAGGAAUUCAUGGAAAGUGCAUUGGUGCGAUGGGUUCAGUUGUUUGGGGAGAUGCUGGAGAGAGAUGACAUCGGGUCACUUUGCCCUGGGUACAUGGAGGUGAACUCUGUCUCUCAGGGGGCCAUAGACUGCUACCGGAAAAUUACUGAUGGGAUUUUCCUCAAUCAGGUCAUGAGGGUCAUAGAUCCAAAUCCAAAAGUGGAGCAGUUGUAUGGUACAGGCAGAGGAGAUGAUCAUAUGCUGACAGUCCAGAACUUUUCCAUUUUAAAUCGACAUAUCAGGUCCUUCUACCAGGAAAAUCUUCAGCAGCUGAUACUGAUGCCUCUCCCAAAUGUUGCUAUUCUGGGACAGGACCCCCUCACAGAGGCUGCAGUGGAAGAGCUCAGGCGACUGAUGCUGCUUUUAUUGGGAUGUGCUGUGCAGUGUGAGAACAAAGAAAUAUUUAUUCAGCAGAUCCAAUCCCUAGACAUAGAAACCCAGGCCUCCAUUGCCAUCUGUAUUCAAGAGGUGACUCAGGAUCCACAGAUGGUGCUGCCGCUGCAGUGGGAGGAGCUUGUGGAGGCUGAUAGUUCAGACCUGGUGCCUGUGUUCAGCUCUAUGGCCAAGCACAUCCAGAGCCUCCUGGCACAAAAAGACACUUAUCUCGAGAGGAUAGCAGAGCUCAGUCAGAAGGCUCAGGCGAACUCCAGCAUGGCGCACCCUGGUGGUCACAGUGAGGAGCAACCCGAAGGUCUGGCACUCCAGCUGGCAGACAGCAAGGCAAAGCUCCGGCGUCUCAAACAACAACUAGAAGACAAAGGAGAUCAGAUUUUGGAUUAUAAACAAGAGAUUGAAGCUAUGGAUGAGCAGAUCAAGAAAUUACAGAAAGAGAAGCGCUCCCUGCAGGCCGAAGUGAGAGGCAUGCGUGUGCUGAGGGAUGAGCUGGACUGCACCCGCGAGCGGGCAGCCCGGGUCGAGCACCUCCAAUCUGAGCUUCAGAGCUGUAAGAACAAACUGCGUGGACUCGAUAUAAUGCGUACUCAGCUUAAGGAGCAGCAGCAGCUCUGUGCAGCACUCCAGGAAACCAAAGCUCUCCUUGAAGAACAGCUGUCUGACGCUCGGGCACGGUGCUCCUCAAUGAGAGAGCUGGAGAAAGAAAAUAUUCUACUGCGACACAAAAUGACAACUGUGGAGGCUGAACGGGACACUGAGAGGCAGCGCGUUGACGAGUUGUUAGAAAUGAACAUAAGCCUUGAGGCCGACCUGAGGCAAUGCAGUGAGAACGGGACGUCCACUGACACCCCAAUCCAGCAGAAUUUUGUCCAAUCAGAGCCUGACUCUGACGAAGGCUUGUGGAAAUUGAUUGAUCAGACACCGCUGAGCGUGGAGGUGGGGGAAGCUUCCACACUGAGACUGCUUGGAGCGGAGCAGGAGAAUGCUGAGCUGAGGAGGCGUUUAGAGGAGUUACAAAUGCAACAAGAGGUCGAUCUGCCAGAAGCAAAAGAUGAGCUGGAGAUUGAGCAUCAGAAAACACUGAAGGAGCUACAAAACUUGGAGAAUGAAAAUGUUAUGCUGAAGCAACAAUUAGAAAAGCUUGUCAAGAAACUGCAACAUACACAAGAGGAGAAGAAGAAACCAAAUGAGGAAGUAAAAGAGGAAGCAAUGCAGAGAGGGGUCCAGGGUGUGGAGUUUCAUAGGGGUGAAGGAGUAGGACAGGGAAGAGCCAUAGAGGAUCUUACAACAGACAUAAUAAGUUUCCAAAGGCAAGCUGGAGUUGGUGAAGACUUUUUAGAGAGAAAUAUGGGUGCACAAAAUGAAGAGAUGCAGAGGGGCGAAGCAGAAGGGGACCAGAAGGACAAGGGGAGUGUGGAGAACAGCACAACAAAUUUAACCACAGACACUGAAAAUGUAUCUAAUAAGCCAAUGUGCUACCUCUCUGGUCCUGAAAUGGAGCGCCUUACUCACCAGCUCCAGGAGGCUCAAGAUGAGGCUGAAAAGCAGGCCAACACCAUCCAGGACCUGCGCUCUAAACUGGGGGAACAAAGCCGAAAAACCUGGGAAGCAGAGCAAAGACUGGUGCUCCUCGAGGCCGAACUACAGCGACUGAAGAAAGCAGCAGAUAGUCUGGGAGAAGCCCGCAGGCACAUAGAGGUGCUGCAGUCGGACAAUCUGGUUAUGGAGGAGGAGCUCUGUCGUUUGCGGAGUCAAGUGGAGCUCCACAGGAUGCAGACCACUAUCAUCGCGACCCUAGAGGGGGAGCGCGCGACUUUGGAGAGAGACAGAGACGCGCUGCGCAGCACCGUGGACGUCCUGCGCACCAACCAGCGCAAGGUUGACCAGUUAGAGCUCACCAUUCAGACCCUGCGUUUGGAGCUGGAGUGCCAGGGGCGGAGUUUAGAUACCUGCCGGCGACGAGAGGAGGAGUUGGAGGCGGAGCUUCGGGAGGCCACUUUAGAGAGCGAAACACUGACCAAAGCCAAAGACCAGGCACUGCUGGAGGUCACUCGUCUGGAGCAGGAGAAGGACAAUUUUCAGGCUGAGCUUGAUGAUCUUCAUAAAGAAGCAAGGCAGAAAGAAAGGGAAGUGACGAGAUUAAGGCAACAAUUGGAGAGCACCACCCUCGCCCUGGACAGCAGCCACCAGAGGGCCCGGGCUGCAGAGACUGAGCAUAAGCGUGUUUGUCGGCAGCUGUCUGAAUCGCAGGAGCUCUGCACUCGGCUCCAAGACUCGGAGAAGGAGCUGGGCGUUGGUUUGAGCCGCUCUGAGGCGGAGAGGCAGCAGCUGCAGGAGCAGUAUGCACAGGCACAGGCCCAGAUUAGCACAUUGUCCCAGGAUCUGGCAAAAGAGCAGAUGCAUUGUCAAACUCUUUCUACUGAAGUUGAGCAUUUGAACAACAAGCUCCAAAAUGCUGAAACUGGCCUGAAAAUGUCAAAAGAGUCACUUGACCAAUCACAGCAGAAAAUAGGUAUCCUUUCAUCUGAUCUCAAGAAAAUGGAACGUCUGCUUGAAUUGGAAAAGAAGAAGAAAAGUGCAGACGAAGAGGGCAAUUCUUCAGUAAACAAAACACAAGUUAGCGAGCCAGAGACAAAGGAGAUGUCAGUGAUGGAUCAAUCACACAAAUCUAGCAGAGUUCCUGAUGUGAACUGCAACAGGCAUGAGACAGAAGAGACUGUGAAGGAGCUGAAAGCAAGCCUUGCUGAACUGGAACGAGAGAAAGCAGUGGCAGUUGCAGGUCAGGAGACCUUGUUGUCCCGUCUGUCUCAGUCUCAGGAGGCCUGUGAGCAUCUUAAGGAGCAGUUGGAGGCUCUUCGGCGUCACUCUCUCAGUCUGCAGGACUCUUGCACCCGAUUACAGGGUCUCAACACACAACUACAGAUUGAACAAGCCUCGGUGAAUUCUCAGCAUGCAGCAGCACUAGCACAGUGUAGUGAGGUCAAAGCCCAGUGUGCAGCUUUGGAAGCAGAGUCAAAGGUUUGGGCGCGGGAGCGUGAGGAGUCCCAGGCUCGAGUGGAGGCUCUGAGACGAGACCAUGAGCGGCUCACGGCCCUGCAGCAGAGGCAGGAGCUGGAGCUGGAGGAGCUGCUGGAGAAGCACUCACAACUUCGCAGCAGCUCCCGCACCCUGGAUGCCCAGCAUAGGGAGCUAGAGUGCAGGUACCAAGAACUUCUUGAGAGGAAAGCUCAACUUGAGGACAGAGAACGGGAAGUGGAGCUUUUGCGAGUAGAAAUGGAGGCAGGAGCCCAAAACCAAAUGGAGAGGCAACGUGAGCUGGAGAGACUGAGAGAAGACAAUGAGAGGCUGCAGGCCCAGCAGAAGGAGUGGCUGGCAUCCCAAGCCGAGCUGCUGGCUCAGGGCUCGGUGCUGAGGGGGGAGCUGAGCACCUCCCAGCUGGAAAAGACCCGCCUGGAGGGGGAACUGAGCACCCUGAGGGAAACACACCAAAGCCUGGACAUUAGCUACGCCAGGUUAACCAGCCAGUUCCAGCUACACUCCGCAAGGUUGGAACACAUAGCAGAAAUAUAGCAUCAAAGCCCUGUUGGGUAGGAAAAGUACAGAAAGCAUGAAAAUACAUGCAAUCAAAAUGUGUACAAGGUAACAUGUAAAAAAAUAAUAAUAACAGUGCAAAACAGUGAUGUUCAUAUGAUUUAGACAUUAAUUGUAGGUUAUGUUGAUAUUUACAAUAAUGUGUGAUUUUCUAGUUGUUAACCAGUUGAAAGGAAACAUGGAGGAAGAAAACCGUCAUCUUGCCGAACAGAAUCAGAGCCUUUUGAAGGAGAACCGGGCUUUACUGGAGCAGAGUUUGGAGCGCCGCGACCAGCACUACUCAGAGC